GUGAAAGAGAAGAACAUAGAAGGAAAAUUCGUUUAACCAUACCAAACGUGAAGACUGUAAGGAAAUGGGUCACUUCAAUAAAAGCUACCCGAAAUGCAAAUAUCAUAAAGCUGUAUCCGCUGAUGAUGUUGAGAGUCGCAAUAAGAAGAGGAAACAGAGCGCUAGUGUUGAAGUAGAGAAAAAAGCAGUGAAGAAAAAGAAAUUAAAAUUACAAGCUGUAGAGUGUCCCAGUUGUGGGAAUGAUAACCAUGCUUUUUCUCGUUCGCCCCCUGUCCUAACCAAAUACAGUCAAAGGACGAGGCCUUUUCAUCUGUCCUUGGGCAUAAUUUUACUAUUUUUGUAACGAAGUUUCCUAUCGACCGUGCUGCUUUGCCACAGUUUCGUGAAAAGUUCAAGAGAAAAGUCAUUUCAUGCUGCAAGGAUAUCAGAGCUAUAAUUUCCUGCUACAAACUAUUUGUCGUGCAUAAUA